GAAACCAGAGAGAGGCUAUUCUAAAAAAUAUUACGUUUAAGUACUUGAUGGGGAAAGUCUCCAUUACGUUACUACAUUAAUAUUAAUAUGCAAUGAAUAACACAGUGCUAGACCUCCGCUCAGCUUUCCACCCCGGUUUAUCAAAGGCAUCGCCUGCCAUUCGCCCAUAUGAGUAGGUUUAUUUCGCUCGCUGCCCGGAAUCCCUACUUUCAUCCAUCCAUGUGAGAUGCGGGAGAUACCGUGGAGUCGCGGGAUAUCAUGGCGGAUCGGACUGCUCCGCAUUGCCAACUGAGAUUAGAAUGGAUCUACGGGUACAGGGGGCAUCAAUGCCGAAACAACCUGUACUACACCGCUGGCAAAGAAGUGGUCUAUUUCGUGGCUGGCGUCGGCGUGGUUUACAAUACCAGAGAACACACUCAGAAGUUUUACCUGGGCCACAACGAUGACAUUAUAAGCCUCGGCCUUCAUCCUGAGAGGUCUCUGGUGGCAACAGGUCAGGUAGGGAAGGAACCCUACAUCUGUGUGUGGGACACCUUCAGCGUACAGACCAUCUCUGUCCUCAAGGACGGACACUCCCAUGGAGUGGCCUGCCUGGCCUUCAGCGCAGAUGGACAGCGGCUGGCCUCUGUGGGGCUGGAUGGCAAAAAUACAGUGUGUGUUUGGGACUGGAAGAAAGGAAAGAUUCUGGCCACUGCGACAGGACAUUCAGACAGGAUCUUCGAUAUAUCCUGGGAUCCCUUUCAGCAGAACCGGCUGGUGAGCUGUGGGGUAAAGCACAUCAAGUUCUGGGCUCUCUGCGGGAACGCCUUGACGCCCAAACGGGGUAUAUUCGGGAAGACGGGGGACCUACAAACCAUUCUGUGUGUUGCGUCAGCUAAAGAUGAUGUCACGUACUCUGGAGCGUUGAAUGGGGAUAUCUACGUGUGGAAAGGACUGAACCUAAUGCGCACAGUGCAGGCCGCUCACGGGGCUGGGAUCUUCAGCAUGUAUGCCUGUGAGGAGGGCUUCGCGACGGGGGGACGUGACGGCUGUGUCAGGCUCUGGGACGUGGACUUCAAGCCUAUCACUAAGAUCGACCUUCGGGAAGCUGAGCAGGGGUAUAAAGGGCUGUCUAUCCGUAGUGUGUGUUGGAGGGCAGACCGUAUCCUGGCGGGGACACAGGACAGUGAGAUCUUUGAGGUGAUGGUUCGGGACAGAGACAAGCCUCUGCUCAUCAUUCAGGGUCACUGUGAGGGAGAGCUCUGGGCUCUGGACGUCCACCCCAAGAAACCGCUCGCUGUGACCGGCAGUGACGAUCGAUCUGUACGGUUGUGGAGCCUGGCAGACCACACCCUGAUAGCUCGCUGUAACAUGGAAGAGGCUGUCCGCAGUGUGGCCUUCAGCCACGAUGGCUCUCAGCUUGCGCUUGGCAUGAAGGACGGCUCCUUCACUGUGCUCCGAGUCAGGGACAUGACGGAGGUGGUGCACAUUAAAGACAGGAAGGAAGUGAUUCAUGAGAUGAAGUUCUCUCCGGAUGGCAGCUACCUGGCCGUGGGCUCUAAUGACGGCCUGGUGGAUGUGUACGCCGUCGCGCAGCGCUACAAGAAGGUGGGUGAGUGCAACAAGUCCUCCAGCUUCAUCACCCACCUGGACUGGUCCAUCGACAGCAAGUUCCUCCAGAGCAACGACGGGGCGGGAGAACGCCUCUUCUACAGGAUGCCAAUUGGGAAGCACCUGACCACUAAGGAGGAGGUAAAAGGGAUCCACUGGAGCUCGUGGACAAGUGUGAUUGGUCCAGAGGUGAGUGGGAUCUGGCCCAAGUACACCAACAUCAGUGACGUAAACUCUGUGGACGCCAACUACUGCAGCGCUGUGCUGGUUGCUGGAGAUGACUUUGGUCUGGUCAAACUGUUCCGCUUCCCCUGCCUAAAGAAAGGGGCAAAAUUCAAAAAGUACAUUGGCCACUCGGCCCACGUGACCAACGUGCACUGGUCUCACGACCUGCAGUGGGUGUUGACCACUGGCGGGUCCGACCAUUCUGUGUUCCAGUGGAAGUUCCUGCCUGAGGGCAUCAUGAAUGGAGGACUGGAGACCAGUAUACCACAAGAUGGCCAUGCAGACUCCAACAGUGAGGAGUCUGACUCUGAUGUGUCUGAUGUCCCGGAGCUGGACUCUGAUAUCGAGCAAGAGACCCAGAUCAACUACGACCGACAGGUGUAUAAGGAGGACCUUCCCCAGCUGAGGCUGCAGAGCAGAGAGAAGAAGCAGCAGGUCGGCUCCCUGAAACGCCAGAGGGGCCCAGACGAAGCCCUUCGUCUGAAGUUUGUCCACGGGUACCGUGGCUACGACUGCAGAAAUAACCUUUUCUACACCCAGGCUGGGGAGGUUGUGUACCAUGUGGCAGCGGUGGGCGUGGUCUACAACAGAGAGCAACACAGUCAGCGGUUUUACCUGGGCCACGAUGAUGACAUUCUCAGUCUGACUGUACACCCACUCAAAGACUAUGCAGCCACUGGACAGGUUGGCAGGGAUCCAGCCAUCCAUGUGUGGGACAUCCAAACCCUGAAGUGCUUCUCCCUGCUCAAGGGCUUUCACCAGAGAGGAGUGUGUGCUCUUGACUUCUCCGCGGAUGGGAAGAGCCUGGUCUCAGUGGGCAUUGAUGAUCACCACUCUAUCAUAUUGUGGGACUGGAGGAAGGGCGAGAAGCUGGCCACUGCAAGGGGACACAAAGACAAGCUGUUUGUGGUGAAGUGUAAUCCUAGCCUCAUGGACAAGCUGGUCACAGUGGGAAUCAAACACAUCAAGUUCUGGCAGCAUACAGGUGGAGGCCUUAUGUUCCAGCGAGGCGUGUUUGGGAACCUGGGGAAGCUGGAGACAAUGAUGUCAGUGUGUUAUGGUCGGACAGAUGAGCUGGUAUUCUCGGGAGCUUCCACGGGGGACAUAUACGUCUGGAAGGAGCCCGUGCUGCUGAAGACCAUCAAGGCCCACGAUGGACCUGUGUUCGCCAUGUACUCCCUGGACAAGGGCUUUGUGACAGGUGGGAAGGACGGAGUAGUGGAGCUGUGGGACGACAUGUUUGAGAGGUGCUUGAAGACAUACGCUAUCAAGAGAGCAGCCCUCUCCCCUGGAUCUAAAGGUCUGCUCUUGGAGGACAACCCCUCCAUUCGUGCCAUAACUCUGGGACAUGGACACAUCCUGGUGGGAACCAAGAAUGGAGAAAUACUUGAAAUCGACAAGAGUGGACCCAUGACCCUGCUAGUCCAGGGUCACAUGGACGGCGAGGUGUGGGGUCUUGCUGCUCACCCCCUGCUUCCCAUAUGUGCCACAGUGAGUGAUGACAAAACUCUGAGGAUAUGGGAGCUCUUCACUAACCACCGCAUGGUGGCAGUUCGCAAACUUAAAAAAGGUGGAAGAUGCUGUGCCUUCUCCCCUGAUGGGAAAGCCUUAGCGGUGGGCCUCAAUGAUGGUAGUUUCCUGGUGGUGAACUCUGACACCCUGGAGGACCUGGUGUCCUUUCAUCACAGGAAGGAGUCUAUCUCUGACGUCAGGUUUUCACAAGACGCUGGUAAAUACCUCGCUGUGGCCUCUCAUGAUAACUUUGUGGAUAUCUACAAUGUGCUGUCCAGUAAGAGGGUGGGAAUCUGUAAAGGAGCUUCAAGCUAUAUCACUCACAUAGACUGGGACUCUCGUGGUAAAUUGCUGCAAGUAAAUUCAGGUGCCAAAGAGCAAUUAUUCUUCGAAGCCCCAAGAGGGAAGAGACAAACCAUAAGAAAUUCUGAGAUAGAGAAGAUGGAGUGGGCUACCUGGACGUGUGUCCUGGGCCCCACCUGUGAGGGGAUCUGGCCCACCCACAGUGACAUCACAGACGUCAACGCCGCCUCGCUCACCAAAGACAAGAAGCUGCUAGCCACCGGAGACGACUUUGGCUUCCUCAAGCUCUUCAGCUAUCCAACCAGGGGUCAAUAUGCCCGCUUCAAGAAGUACGUGGGCCACAGUGCCCAUAUAACCAACGUGCGAUGGGCACAAGAUGACGCCACGCUACUGACGCUGGGCGGAGCUGACACAGCACUGAUGAUUUGGAGCCUGGAGAGAACCGGAGAGGGUCACAGGGAGAACCCUGUGGACAGCGAGGAGUCAGACGAUGACAUUGAGGAGGACGGAGGGUAUGACAGUGAUGUGGCAAGGGAGAACAGCAUCAACUACACCACUAAGAUCUAUGCUGUCAGCAUCCGGGGUAUGUGUGGCAUCAAACCCCACCAGCAACUGAAGGAGGUGUCACCAGAGGAAAGGCAGGGCAUUGUCAAGCCACCUGUUAGCCGAGCUGCUCCCCAACCAGAGAAGCUGCAGAAGAACAAUAUCACCAAAAAGAAGAAGCUUGUCGAGGACCUGGUUCUGGACCACGUGUUUGGGUUCAGGGGCUUCGAUUGUCGUAACAACCUUCACUACCUCAACGACGGCGCCGACAUCGUCUUCCACACAGCAGCUACGGCCAUGGUGCACAGCCUCUCCACUGGGACUCAGAGUUUCUACUUGGAGCAUACAGACGACAUCCUCUGUUUGACCGUCAAUCAACAUCCUAAAUACAAAAAUGUCAUCGCUACAGGACAGAUUGGUGAAGUGACAGACCUGCCAGGCACCACCCCCUCCAUCCAUGUGUGGGACGCCAUGAGUAAACAGACGCUGUCCAUCCUGCGCUGCUCUCACGCCAAGGGGGUGGGCUACGUCAACUUCAGCGCCACGGGAAAGCUGCUGCUCUCUGUGGGGGUGGAGCCUGAACACACCAUCACUGUGUGGCGCUGGCAGGAAGGUGCUAAAGUGACCAGUAAAGGUGGCCAUCCAGACAGGAUCUUCGUAGUUGAGUUCCGGCCAGACUCCGACUCUCAGUUCGUGUCUGUUGGGAUCAAGCACAUCAAGUUCUGGACACUAGCUGGAGGCUCUCUCAUGUAUAAGAAGGGAGUGGUGGGCUCAGUGGAGGACGGCAGGAUGCAGACCAUGUUGUCUGUGGCCUUUGGUGCGAAUAACCUAACAUUCACAGGUGCUAUAAAUGGGGAUGUGUACGUGUGGAGAGACCACUUCCUGCUUCGUGUCGUGGCUAAAGCCCACACCGGGCCAGUGUUCACCAUGUACACCACACUGAGGGACGGCCUCAUCGUCACAGGGGGCAAGGAGAGGCCUACAAAGGAGGGCGGUGCAGUGAAACUGUGGGACCAGGAGAUGAAGCGUUGCCGAGCGUUCCAGCUGGAGACGGGCCAAACUGUUGAGUGUGUGAGGUCCGUCUGUCGAGGAAAGGGUAAGAUAUUGGUAGGUACAAAGGAUGGUGAGAUCAUUGAGGUGGGAGAGAAGAACGCUGCGUCCAACAUCCUGAUCAACGGCCACAUGCAGGGCGAGAUCUGGGGCCUGGCCACCCACCCCUCUAAAAACCUGUUCAUCUCCACCAGCGACGACAGCACCAUCCGCAUAUGGGACCUGGACGACAAGAAACUGCUGAACAAGGUGAGCCUGGGCCACCCAGCCAAGUGUGCCAGCUACAGUCCUGAUGGUGAGAUGGUGUCUGUGGGCAUGAAGAAUGGGGAGUUCAUCAUCCUCCUCACCAACUCACUCAAGAUGUGGGGCAAGAAACGAGACCGCAGUGCUGCCAUACAGGACAUCAGGUUCAGUCCAGACAAACACCUCCUGGCAGUGGGCUCAGUGGAGAGUACGGUUGACCUGUAUGACCUUACAUUGGGCCCCACACUCAACCGCGUGGGCUACUGUAAGGACAUCUCCAGCUUCGUUAUCCAGAUGGACUUCUCUGCAGACAGCAGGUUCAUCGAGGUGUCCACAGGAAACUAUAAGCGCCAGGUGCAUGAGAUGCCUUCUGGGAAAAUGGUAACAGAACAGACUGUGAUUGAGAGGAUCACCUGGGCCACCUGGACCAGUAUCCUGGGAGAUGAGGUGCUGGGGAUCUGGCCACGGAAUGCUGAAAAGGCUGACGUCAACUGUGCCUGUGUCUCCCACGCCGGCCUCAACGUGGUCACCGGGGACGACUUUGGACUGGUCAAGCUCUUCGACUUUCCCUGCACUGAGAAGUUUGCCAAACACAAGCGUUACUUUGGGCACUCGGCACACGUGACCAACAUUCGCUUCUCCUAUGAUGAUAAAUAUGUGAUCAGCACUGGAGGAGACGACUGCAGUGUCUUUGUGUGGAAAUGCCUGUAAACCGGAGCCUUUUCUCCACAACCAUCCACUAACAUGCACCCAGACUCCUUAGCCCACCGCAGUAAGUCUUGGAUUCCGACAGGAAUGCAGCCAGGAUCCCAAAGCCUCAAGUGUCUGGCUGCGGUCUACCUUUUUGCCUGCAACUGUCUCCCUAUCCUUAGAACAACACCUGGGGAUGGGCAAUAUGCUAAUCACUGUACUAUUAAUUCAAGUCUAAGCAUUAGGCAGAGCAGGUAGCUCCUUUUCUAACAGGAAACCACUUUGAAGUAGAUUUUUUUGCCACUAGAAAAUGUUUGAUUUUCUGGCCUAACAAGAAACGGCAGUGUUUACAUUCACAUCUGCUUUCAAUGAAGGACACAUGAAAGCAGGUUGCCAUGCCAGCUAUUGAUUUAUAAUGAAACCAUUGAUAAUGUCUGGGAUUCAAUCAAAUCGCACAUGGUUGACAAUGCAGAUUUGAAAGGCAAUGUUCCCGCGUUUGCAGAGAUUGCAUUCACAGUAAAUGCUGCCUAUGUCGGCUCAAUCUGAAAUUACCUUAAUUUCUAUUGCGCAAUCUGUAUCGCUACAGCAAUAGAUUGAAAAUAGCCCUAAAUCCUGGCCAGUGUAGAGUAUAAAAGUUUCUCCCCCCCAUAAUUCAUUUGAAAGUAUUAAUAUCCUUAAGUGCCUUUAUGAAUAUUUCUACUUGUUAUAUUUUUUUGCAGUUUCACGUUUGAAAUUAUUUUGUACACCUCUGGUGCUAUUCGAUUGUAAAGUUUCUCAUUCAAUAUGCAGAAAGGGGCAUUGGUUUGCUGCCGUUUAUGCAUACAACAUCCAAAGUAUGAUGAGAUGAUGUAACAUGUGACAUAGUAAGUUAUAAUAGCUCUAUUGAAAAUAUUUAAAUGUUAAUGUGAUCUGACGAUCAAUUUUCAGCUUGUGGUUGUUACAAAAAAGAUUAGGAAGCAUUCUUAAAAUGCUUUUAACUAUUGUCAAAAUGUUACUUAAAUUUUGUGAAAUAUCUUGGUGAAACAUGCUUCCAUAUAACCAUUGUGAAAAGAUUCAACAAAAAUAAUGUUUAUAGAACUAGUACUGAAGCGUUACCGUAUGUUUCAACAUUCACUUCCAGUAAGGGAUAUCAACUGGGUGGCUUACAUUUAGAUUUGUCAUUUAGCAGAUGCUCUUAUCCAGGUCGAUUUACAUUCAUCUUAAAAUAGUUAGGUGAGACGUCACAAUCGUAUAGAGUACAUUUCUCCUCAAAUUAUUUAUCAAAGUCAGUGCUAAAGUGAAAUAGACAGUCCAGGAGACGGCAACCUGUCACACCAAAGCUGACUAUACAGUCUUACUCAAGCCCUGAACCUGGUUUCCCAAAAGCAUUUUAAGGCCAAAAUGCUUUUGGGAAACCAGGCCUUGGUCUACUGUUGAACUCUUAGUCGUCUCGUUAAUCCGCAUCACGGAAAUUCAGUUUUACAGCGUGAUCGAAAUGUAAAGACAAUGUUCCCGCAUUCACGGUAAACGCUGCACGUCAGCUCAGAAAUUACCUUUACAUUUCUUUUGCGGAAUGUGUAACACUUUAGCUUUACAGAAUGAAUAGCGCGCUUAGCCUUGCUGUCUUUAGCCUGUCAGUCUCACUAAUGUUUAGCUAGCAGUGUGGCAGCAAUAUGUUACUAUAUGUGCAUUCUUUAAGCAGUAUGGAUUCCUGUUUACAUAUUUUUAUUCAUUUAAUUUUUGUACAAGACAGAUUGUCUAGAUAUCGUAAAAGUAUUUGUAUCAUAUUGUAAAUUUUUAAAAAAAAUGCUCAAAUGCAUGAAUUUAUUUUUUAAUCAAACAUCUGUGGUGAUUUUAUCGUAUGAAUGACAAUGUUUUAUACCAAUUUAUUGUGAGUGUACAUGUGCAAGUAUUAAGUGUAUGGAAAAAUUAAAUGAGAAUACCGAAUUUGUUAUUUGUCCGCAAACACGUGGGUAUGACUCAAGGCAUUGAGCUUUUUUCAGUCUCCCAACAUUCCUUACACUGUGUAUUCACUGGAUUAGAGAGUUUGCUAAACGUAAUUUCACUGGCAAUCAAAUAAUUAAAUGCAGUUAUGAAAUUGACACAUUACGUGCCAAAUGUGUACUACAUCAUGUACUGGAAGUAUUUACAUUCCUACAUGCUAUUUAGAACAGCUCAGCAUACAGUCCAUUCUUAUGGGAUGGAAAAUGUUAGCAACAUCCUUUCCUAUAGGACCAUGGGGUUGUUAUAGGUAGUUUCUGUAACUAUAUCCGUGGCUACUUUUCUAAAUCCUCCAUAUUGCCUGAGAGAAAAGACCUCCACAGUAAUUCAUCUAUAAGCUUUAUUGUAAUUGUUUCUAUUUCACAAUGCAUUCCACAAACAGUUCUCAUAAGAGUUCAUUACAAUUGUAUGAAGUAUCAUUCACAAUUACUUGCAUAAACAAUGCUUGAAGUUUCCAUGUUACAUAAUUUUGCAGCUUUAGAUAUUGGGUCCACAGAUGGUAUGUCCAUUUUUUUUUGUCUUAAGUUGUUUGUAAACGUGUUCUUCCAGAGUUUAAAUAGGCAGCUGCAUGAGGUGAAAUGAUCAUUAAUGUUCUAAAUGUUUCUAGCUAGAAAUACUCAGAAGCAUGAAGUGCUAUGGAUUAUCGCCCUGCUGGCAUUAAAGACCAUCGUCAAGCACAAUGACACGUCAACACCUUGUGUCAAGUACACUCAAUAGCCACUGAAGAGAGCUAGAAGCUUUGAAACUACAGUCUAUCAAUAAAACAGUAAAAUCACAAACACCACUAACUUAAUCAUACCAAAUAACAACAGGUAUUCAGGAUUCCACAAAGGUACCAAUUAACCCUCCCUCAUUACAAAAAAGACAAUGCAAUUCCAAUUUUCUGAACACUGCAUCAAGGGAGAGAACAAAUGAACCAGCUCUAAACACAA